UAGCCAUCAGUCGUUCGGUGUCGAUUACCGUGUGCGGUGUUUAGUUUUCUCCAAACCUCCGCCAAUCGGCAAUUCGCGUUGGUAUUUGAAACGUUUUUGGCGAACAGCAACGAGCUGGUGUAGUAGUGACUGGAAACAAACAAGCAAAGAGCUCGUAUAGAAAGUAUAGAAAACAUUUCUUUUGGAAAUUACUGUUGCUUCCACAACAUUUUUUGUGGAAUUGAUAACAGCAAUAGAAAUCGAAGAAAUCCAGAAAUUUUAUAUCAGCAUCGCUAUCGGUGGUAUUUGUUGCUGGUGUUAUCGUCGCGAUAAAUCAAUCAACAGCACUCGCACUCACUUUUCUAUCGGCUGCCCACCCUACGAGUUCAUCUACAAGCCGUCGCUAUGGAUUCUUACUUAACAGAAAUCAAACAAUUGCGGAUACCUCGUCCGAAAUAUGAGCCCAAUGGAAGUCCGCCGAACCACUGGCAUCGCCUGGUACGGCCAUUCACGCCACCACGCGACUAUCAUUUGCCAACCAAUGAGAUAAUCACCACCACAAGCACAUUGCCUCCGAAUCGCAGCUGCCAAGGUGGAGCGGAGGAAUUCCGGCCAACAUUGCACGAGAAAAUGUGAGCGACUUUACGGCAACCAUUGGCUAUUACAACAAGAAAAACGAAAAGUACAGCAACGAAAAGGACGUAAUCUUAAUGUUUUUUAUUGGUGUAAUUAAUGAAAUCAGAUGGACGGCAAUUGGAGAAUAUCAAGUGAAGGAGUGAAAUGUGCGAAAGUAAUUUUUAGUCCAUAUAAAGAGGGAUGGCGGGAGCCAAUGUUGGGAAGUGGGAAGAGUUGGAUGAUGAAAUUGGAGAAGGAUUAAUAUUAAGCACGCUAUGAUUAACCUAUAUAUAUAUAUAAUAUAUAUAUAUCACAUAUAUAUGUAUAAAUACACACAUACAUGCAAGCAUAUAUGGAUAUAUCGCAAACGAUCUUUAACGAAAUAUGUUUCACGUAUUUUUAUAAGUUGUAUGAAUUUAAGUAUUUUCGCACUUUUGUAUUUUUAUUGUA